AUGACAGAUAAAGAUUUAAUUGCACGAAGUGUUAUCAAUGAAAUUUUUCCUCAUGCAAGAACACUUCUAUGUAAAUUUCAUACAAAAAAAACAUUUCAGCUGAAUGUUACAGUGAAAAAUAUGGGUAUAUCAUGUGCUGAAGUUGACUUUUAUUUAGAUUUAAUGUUUCGAAUGUGUGAUAGUCCAUCUGAAGCCAGAUACAAUAAAUUAUUUGAAAAAUUUUAUACAAAUGCACAUGAGCAUCCCAAAUUACUCAAUUAUUUUGUAAAUAAUUGGCAUGAUAAUAGAAAUGAAUGGACAACCUUUGGAAUGAAUCAAACUAUUAAUUUUGAUAAUUUAACCAACAAUCGAUCGGAAUCAAAUAAUUGUCAAUUAAAACGUUGGUUAACACCUAAUGAUACUUUGACAAAUGCUCUAAAAAAUUUAUUCAAAUGGCUUGAAAAUCGUAAGGAAAAUCAAUUAAAAAAAACAGCCAAAACAUUAUACAAAACCAACACAAAACAAAUCUCGAGUGAUCCUGAAAUUUUGAAAUAUCAUCCACAUCUUUCUACGUGUGCGUUUGAAAAAGUACAAAUUGAUCUUGAAAAUUACCAUCUUAAAAAAUUAGUAAUCAUAAAUCAUUUAUUUAAAGAAUGUAAAAUCAAAAAGGUCAUGAAGGAAGGUAAUAAUUCUGAUGAUAUUAUACAACUUGAUGUAAAAAAUGCACCAGCGGUUCAAGAAAUGGAUGAUGAUGAAAAAGAAUCUGAGAAAAAUUUUAUGAAAGAUGUAACAUUCUAA